AUGAGAAUUUUUAAAAGUCAUCCUUUAUUAAAAUUGGUUAAUUCAUAUUUAAUCGAUUCACCACAACCAUCUAACUUAAGUGUAACUUUAGCUAUGCAUUAUAAUCCUAGUGUUUUAGAAGCUUUUAAUUCUGUAGAGCAUAUUAUGCGUGAUUAUAUUUACACAUUGGAAGAGGUUUAUAUUACGGGUCUUACAGAGCUCCUAGAACUUUAG